ACAACACAACAGAAAACUUUCCGUUGGAUCAGAUAUCUUGACCUAAGGAUGAAUGUUUUUUUCUGAAGUGCUGGCAGACUAAAAACAUUAUAAUUCUCUCUAUUUUUUUUCCUCAAAUUUAUUAAAAACAACACAACAGAAAACUUUCCGUUGGAUCAGAUAUCUUGACCUAAGGAUGAAUGUUUUUUUCUGAAGUGCCGGCAGACUAAAAACACACCUUCAUCCUCGUGUCAAACGGUGGCAGCAUACACUCAACUUUUAACCUCCAUUCCCUUAGCUGAACGGCACACCCGCUGCACUUUUAACAGUGCAGAUGCUAGGUGUAAUUGCAAUCAAACUUUGAUUUUAAAUGUUGCACGGCAAACAUACAAAUACAGUGACUUUUUAGUUAGUUAACAUCGGUAGAGCACUUUUAAACACUAUCCAUAAUUUUUUUUAUGGUUUGUUGAGAUAUCAUAUAGAACACAACCAACCCAUUUUCCUGAAUGAAGCAGCAAAUUCUAGACAGAAAAAUGUUAUGAUAUACUGACCACUCAACAGGCAAUUAACACAGGCUGCCAAUCACUCAGCGUGACAACGUGAGUAAUAUUAAAGGUAAAAUGCAUAUAAAUAUGAAAGAAAGGAAUAUAGAGGUACAGCCCAAUCAACAUCACUGGGACAAUCUUCAUGCUGAGCUUAGACAGCCAAUUUCUACGAUAGUUUUUGGUAUCCAGCAGCAAUGGAAGGGAGCCCAGAACCAUUUUCAUACUCAUUUGAGCAAUUGCAUCAAUCAAUUCCAUAAAAAAAUUCAAGUACCCAAUGUGGUGCAAGGACUUGGACUGGCCUCUGGUCGCUAUUGGCAUACCCAAUUGAAGAAAACCUUCGAAACUGUAGGAAAUGGAUUGAAAGCAGGGAAAGAAAAAAUUACAGAGGGAAUUCGAUUGGGGUCUGAAGGAAAUACAUGGAAUGCAGGCAGGGAAAGGUUUAUAGAGGCCGUUCGAAUGGGGUCUCAAGGAAAUGCGUUGAAAGUAGGGAAGGAAAAUUUUAGCAACCAUCUUGAGCCUAGACACCUAUUUGACCUGGCAAUGUGUGCCGAAGAGGUUUCUAAAAGGUUGGAUGGAAUACCAGUCUACACAGUAAGCAAUUCCGCCAAUGAGUUUGUUUUGGUUUCGGAUAUGAACUACCAGAGGUCUAUUGGGUUGUUUUGUUUCAGGAAAGAGGAUGCAGAGUCUCUUCUUUUCCAGGUUAGCAGAAAAGAGCCAGGUUUAGGCAAUGGGGCGAAGGUGGUUGCAGUAUCUCUCAAUAAGGUCUAUGAGCUUCGAAAACAGGGUUUGACCCUAAGGUUUUUGCCUGACCCUCAUCAAGUGAAGAAUGCUCUCGAGGCGGCUUCAAAAGCAGGAGUUCCUGGACAGUCAUUUCCUGGGGUACCUGUUUUUCAGUCGGACCAUCUAAUAAUAAGGAGCAAAGAUAAGCGGUUUCGGCCACUUUUUUUUAGUAAGGAGGAUUUAGAGAGUUCUCUCAGUCAAGCUUCUCAGCAGCAAAAGGGAUUAUAUCCUUCUCUUGAAAUUAAUACAGAUAUUCAGGUUGGGAGCUUUGAAGAUGUAAUUAAGAAGAUGGAGAAUAGUGAGGACAGCUCGGGAUGGGAGGACAUUGUGUUCAUUCCUCCCGGCCUCGAUGUUUUUAGUCAAGCAGCGAAGAAAACCUCAGCUCAUAUUCCGAGCAACGGUUCUACUUUUGGUUGAAUUGUAUAAUUAUCAUCUUGUGUGUUGAAGAUCGCAUUUGGGGUGCCAGGUCUGCUUCUAUUGCUCUCAUCCAUGCUCAUGGUUACUACAAAAUUUUCUGUAAUGGCUCAAAUUCAUACAGAUGAGAUGGCCACAGAAAAGAGCUCCAUGGAUGGUUAGCUUUCUUUUUGAUUGACAAAGAAAAGUAGUGCAGAUCUUUAAACAGAAUGUAUAAAACAAUGUACUUUGGAAAUAUACUUACAGUAACUUAUUUCUUGCUUCAACAGAGGCACAUUGCUAAUCGAGUCUUCAUAUUUGGUGGGAAGUGGAGUUUUCAUUUUUCAUUUGGCAUUGCUGAGUGAAAGUCAUUUUCUUACGUGAUUUUAAGUUUGAAACAUGAAAUUGCCUUGGAAAGCCCAUUUCUGUGCUACAGAUACAAUAAUUGGAAAUUAGAAACAGCUAGUUGGCUGUCUCAUGCAAA